CAUGCCAUAAAUGUGUUGCCCUGGGAUGGGCGUACCUGAACCUUGUAGAUGGGCACAUUGAUAAGAGUUUACGAUUCCGUUCAUGUUACCACACUUAUUAUUUCGGUGUUUCAAAGGCUUGUGUUUCAUUGGACGUGAACAAAAAAAAAAUGGUAAACCUCUUCAUAAAAAGGUUGCCCUCAUCACAGGAUCUACGAGUGGUAUAGGAAAGGGGAUUGCUGAGAGCCUUGCUAACCAUGGUUGUGAUGUGAUAAUCAAUGGGUUUGGCGAUCAGGAAGAAAUUAAAAAACUUUGUGCAGACAUUGCCAUGACAUAUUCAGUGAGAGCUGAGUUUGUUGGAGCAGAUUUAUCGAAGGUUCCUGAAAUUGAGGACUUGCAUGAAGCCAUUCUGAAGCUGUUUCCAGAAGGGUUGGACAUACUGGUAAAUAACGCAGGUAUACAACAUUUGAGUCCAGUAGAAUCGUUUCCGGUGGAGAAAUGGGAUUUUAUGAUUUCACUCAUGUUGUCUGCUCCCUUCCAUCUGACCAGGCUCUUCCUGCCAUACAUGAAGCAGAAGGGCUGGGGGAGAAUAAUAAACAUAUCAUCUGCCCACGGACAUGUAGCAUCACCUAAUAAGUGUGCUUACGUCUCUGCCAAGCAUGGCCUGAUAGGACUCACAAAGACGGUUGCUGUAGAAGUUGCUGGAUCGGGAGUGACGUGUAAUGCUAUUUGUCCAGGUUAUGUGGAAACACCAUUGUUUUUGAAACAGGCAGCAGAUCGGUCCAAAGAUCAGGGAAUAUCCUUUGAACAAGCCAAGAGUCAAAUCGUUGGCAUUCAUUCAUCAAAGGAGCCUGUGAAAAUAGAACAGGUUGGAGAAAUUGCAGCAUUCUUAUGUUCUCCGGCAGCUGACCAGAUCUUGGGUACAUCGAUAAUGGUGGACGGAGGAUGGACAAUAAAAUAAUAAGACAUGUUUAUAAUUAAUUAAGACAGAUAGAAUAAGGCUGAUCAAAGUUAGACAUGUGUUUCCCAUUUCUGUCCCACUCGAAAUUAAUGCCUGUCUGUUUGGAAAAUAUAAGAGUUAUUUAUCAACAAUUCCUUACAGAGACCUUUCACAUACUGGGUCACUGUGUAAAUUAAAAGUGGAGUGCCUGUCUGAGCUGCUAUGGGCAAUAGAAUUGAUCACCAUUAGUGGAUUUGUCAGGGGUUUUCCCUUCCAGCCAUUGACCAAUGUCUGAUCAAAAAGCUCUAAGAAUUGGCAUUUAUUUUAUAGAAUAAUGUACAUCUAUCAUUAUGAAUUGUCCCCUUCAAGAGGGUGGGACGUACCCCAGAGGAAAAGCAAUGGCCAGAACUAAAAAGAGAAGGGGGAUCAUGUUCUGUUGUGAUUCUUUUGGUUUAGAGAUAUAAGUGGAAGAAUCCAAUACUGAUAUUUGUUAGAAUGUCCAUUUGAUUAAUCUCGAUUAAGGAUAUUUUUCUCUCUUUUUUUCCUAUUUUUCACCGCAUCCAUGGGAUGUUAAGGGAUUGGGAAACACACAGUUAUACUGGAUCACCCUGGAAAGUCCAGUCACCUCAGUGACACCCAAUAGGAGAUUCAUUUACAUUAUUAUUACAAGGUCAAACAAAAACAAAUCUAAGUUUUUUCAUUGAUGUGUUUGAUUUUAGUCCAGAGUCCGUGUAAAAAUGGAUAAUGAUCCUAUAUAGCAGUUUGCUACUAAUGCUAAUAUGAUAUAUGUUGUAAUCCAGAUUAGGACAUUUUCGUUUAAUUCACGCCAAAAUCAGCUUACUCGUACUCUAUGAUGCAGACCAUCUAAAGGUAUUUCAUCCUCCAAAGGAAAGCGCCCCCUCCCCCCCCCCCCGAGAAAAUUGACGAUAACACGCAUGUGCACACACACACACACGUGUGUAAUAGAAGCCACAAUAUACAUGACAAUUUUGAAUCUUCCAUUAAUAUAUUCAAUACUGUACUUAAUCUAUUUAUCUCUGCACCAAUCUGAUUCCAGAAGAAUGUGGAUACAAUCGUGAGUGUAUGCAGCAAUGACACUAUCAGGUGCUUUCUCUGUCGAGAGCUGAAUAUGACCACAAUAGUUGGUUCCAACUCUGUAAGAGGACAACAACUUGUAUAAUGCCUGCCAGUACAGCCGCAAAAAAAAAAAAAGAAAAAAAAGGACAACUAAAAGCGCACAUGCAUGUACACAGAAUAACUUCUGUCAAAGCAACUAAGUACAAAAAUAUCGUUCAAAUUAAUUUAAUGGUGAAUAUACUCGUAAGUAUAUAAGAAAAUAUUGUGUGAAAUGCUCUAAUCUGUAGGAUCACAUGGCCAUCUUAUUGAAAUCGGAUCUUACUGCAUACAGUUUCCGUCAGUAGAUCUGAAACAGCCCCUCUUUAAUUCUAUUCCAGGUGACAUUUUAUCUUUUAGUUCAAAUUAAUAGUCAAUAAAGUAAUGACUAAUCACAGUUAACCUAUUAUACACUUCUGCCAAUGGACAUAUCCACCAUAUCGGAAAAGGAUACGAUGAUAGGGGUGAGGAUGAGGAUAGUGGGCUGUUGUUCACAGUCUAUUUUAUACUCUAGUGCAUUCUGUACACAGUUUGAUGCACACUAAUGAAUACAUGCAAGUCUAUGUGUAUUACACUGUGUUUAUCACACUGUGUUUGUAGGCCUAUUGUCAAAAUUGUGAAUUAAAAAAAAAAAAUCAGAAUAAAGAAUAUAACCGA